AUGCUCACUAACAGUAAGUUGCACUUUGCAAAGUGACAUGUGUCCUGUGCUCUUCCUUCUAUAACCAAGAUAAGGAUGUCAUUGCAGAUGCUGUUUGCUGUGCAGUCUAGUGAUGCUUGUAUCUUUCAUGGAUGCUGCCUCUCAUCUGUGGAAUGUCUCUGUUGAAUUGUUCAAGUGUGCGUGGCCAUAUUCUGGGUUACAUUUGGUUCCGCCACCCCAUCUGGUAUUGGCACCAGUCCUCAGUUUUGUUGCCAAAACGUGCUGUAGUUAUGUACUGUAUGUUAGUCCUAAGAAGCAGAGGGGAAUACAUAUGGAGCUCAUCAUGUAGCCUUUCGUCUUAUAAACCUACUAACAUGCUGGGAGAACAUAUUACAGCAUGAGAAUGACCUAGGAUGUCCCCCAAAUGGCACCAUAUUCCCUUUAUAGUGCACUACUUUUGACCAGAGCCCUAUGGGUAAUAGGGUGCCAUUUGAAACACAGCCAUAGUGACCUUUGACCUAAUCCACCAGGGAUAAAAACAGUUCUCUGUGUUUCCUUUUGUGAUUUGUCACAUAAUGCAAUUGAUAGUAUAUAUGUAACCAUUAUUUCUAGUCUGACAUUCUGAGUGUUAUUCCUGUUGAUGUGUUGUGUUGCAGGGUUGACCUGGGAGGAUGAGGCCACCCAGCAGAUCCUGUCCAAGGAGCUGUCUAAGCUGAGGAAGAUCCCCUACAGACGCCUACAGGACUCCAGCCCCCCUGUCUACAGCAGCAGCAAAUCCAGGUCACUGUUCUGGCAGGCAGCACCAUCCAUUACACCUGUACAUAUACACAUGGACACACACGUAUGCAUGCAUGCAGACAGACAGACAGACAGACAGACAGACAGACAGACAGACAGACAGACAGACAGGCAGGCAGGCAGGCAGGCAGGCAGGCAGGCAGGCAGGCAGGCAGGCAGGCAGGCAGGCAGGCAGGCAGACUCUAGGAGUGCACAUGUUAGAAUAUGAUGACUGAUGAGCUGGUUUAUGUCUGAACGGAUCUAGUUUCUAGCUCUGGAUAGUCCAUGUUAUCUGUCUGUUUGUUCCUUUGUCUGUCUGUCUCUCUGUCUGUCUCUCUGUCUGUCUCUCUGUCUGUCUCUCUGUGUCUUCAUGUGUUUAUAUCUGUCUCUCGCUCUCCCUUUCUCUAUCUAUUUCUCUCUGUCUCUCUCACACUCACCCACACCUCUCACUCUCCUUGUCUGGUCCAGGCCCUCUACCCAGGCUAUGGACCCAGGAGACCAAAGGAUCAAGCCUGUGGAGGUGGAGCUCAGUAGAAACCUUCAGAACAUCCUGCAGCGUCUGGGCCUCCUUUCCCAGGCCUUGUCCCCCACUGGCCCCAAGAGACCCAGCAAGGUAAGGGCCCCCCUGGCCACCUUCAGAACCCUGCCCUUAAGACCCCUCCAGAACCCCCAGGCCCCUACUUUAGCCUGGGAUGAGCAGCUGGAUCCUUUUUUACUUCUCAAUGGAUGCACAUCUCUAUAAACACACACUCAUGUGUACACACACACACACACACACACACACAAACUGACGCAGCGGGAGCUGGGGAUCAUCUUUAGUAUUCUGUAUCAUUAUCUAUCCCCUUCUGAAGGGUUGGUGAAUGGCUGUUGGUUGACCAUUCACAGGGAUAGUUUCAUGCUGGAUUAUUAUGAGGGAGAUAAUGCCCACCGAGAGUUCAGGAGUUCAGUUCCUUAAUUAAUAACACCCACAUGAUGGGCUCUAUGUAAUUUCUGUUCAGGGGGUUACCAACAUGGCCUAGCUGAAUGAGAGGGCCAAACCCCUGCUGAGGGCCAGGCAUUGAGGGGUUGGGGAGGGUACCCCUUUAUUUAUCAAGGAUGGGGAAAGUAGCCCUUUAUUUAUUAAGGAUGGGGAGAGUACCCCUCUAUUUAUCAAGGAUGGGGUUGGUGGAAAACAUUGGGGAGGGGGGGGGGGUUGCCUUUCGUUUGAGAUGAGCAUGUGGGAGAUGGAUGGAUCUUGGAAUGUUGUUGACCCGUCCUUAUAGUGUACUUCUUAGGAUAAUAUUAUAUACUCUCAUCUUACUGUUAACAUAAUCAAUUAACAUUUCAUUUGAUGCUGGUGUUUUAGCUGGGGAUUUAAGUGAAGACGAACACUUGUGAUCUAUUUGGUAACACUUUCUAUGAAGUAAAUGUGUAUAAUGCCUUAUAAUACACAAAUAAUGUGUUUUAUUAUCUUGUAGAGUGACCGUUACCAAUCUGGCGUCUUCUCUGACUACUACCGGCCCAAGUCCCAGGGAGAGGGAAACUUCUCCCCACUGUCUUUCUUCCAGCCUCCCUACCAGGACAGACCCUCUGCAGGGGAUGGAGACCUCCUCGUGGCUGCCCUCAGGCACUACCUGUAUGGUCAGGGACCACCCCAGACCGGGGGGGCAACCAAGGUCCCGGCCCUGCCCUCCCCUCUCCUACGCCCCUCCUACAGCAACAGUAUAGACAGUGCUGGGCCUAAAGAGAACUCUCAAUCCCAAACACCCAACCUGGACAGACUUUUGCUCUUCCAGACAGCUGGAGCCAGUCAACCCUCUAGUCCAAAAGACCCUCUCAGUCCAGUGGGUGGUAUGUGCUGCUUUAAAAACGAUGUCUUCCUCUUUUUACUGUACAAGUUCUUCCUCAUUAUUCCACUGUGAACAAAUUAUCACUAUCAAUAGUUAUGGAUCCGCUGAAAAUAACAGCAUAGCAUGUUAUUAGUUGUUAAUUAAGACAUUGACAUCUACCAUAGUAUUAACUCUUCUCCCUCUCAUCCCCACUCCUCUCCUCCUCUCCUCCUCUCCUCCUCUUCUCUCCUCCUCUCCUCCUCUUCUCUCCUCCUCUCCUCCUCCUCUCCUCCUCUCCUCCUCUUCUCUCCUCCUCUCUUCCUCUCCUCCUCUCCUCCUCUCCUCCUCUUCUCUCCUCUCCUCUCAUCCCCUCCUCUCUUCCCUCCUCCACAGAUGUGUUCAUCCAGAACGUGGGCAGACACAAUGUGGACGUGGACGACAUGAGUCCUAAAGAUCUGGACCAGCUGAUCGCUGACGCCCUACAGGUAGAAUAAACAACAACGUUUGUGUACUUGUCUUUCUUGCACUAACACUCAUACCUUUCAUACUGGCACUGAUUUUGCUUAUAGCUGCGUUUUUUAGGAAGAAGGAAUGUGAUAUUUGGUUACCGUAGUUUAAUGCACUGUCUGUAGUUGCUCUGGAUAAGAGCGUCUGAUAAAUGACCAAAAUGUAAAUGUAAAUGCAGGUAGUGGAUCAAAAACAGACCCAGGCCAGACCAGGACCCAGAGACCUGGGUGAGGAAGAGGAGCAGGAGGAGGAAGAUGAGGAAGGGAAUGAGGGGCCUGGAGAACAGGGGCCUUGGGAACAGGAGGAGGAGAAGGAGGAUAUUGUCCUGCCAUCUGCCACAGAGAAAACGGAUCCGGAGAGCACUCCACUAGAGGAGUCUGUGGUCCAAGGUACACAAACCUGACAUACCUGGUUACUGGGAGAAGCCCUCCAUCUGUAGUAUUAGCCCAGAGAUUUUACCAACACCUUUAUAUAUUCAUUGUCUUUCCAUGCCAACUUCAGGGUGACUAGUUCAUAUUGACUGCUCUGUUGAUUUGAAAUGCGGUCAGACUUUGGCAAAAAUAAUCAGCUGAAAAUAUUCUCAAACCAUACGUUGCACUUCACUUUCCAAAACGGUGAAGGGAAGAGUAUACAGUUGAAGUCAGAAGUUUACAUACAGCUUAGCCAAAUACAGGCAGAGUUGAAUAUCUCUCUCUGUAGCAAUCUGACAGUAUUGAUGAUUGGAGAAAAUGUUGUAGGUCCACCUACUGUCAAAGACAGGGAGUGGUGAAAAACCAAAUUUGUUUAUGUGUGUGCCAUGCAAUCCUUGUUUAAUGUACAGUUGAAGUCGGAAGUUUACAUACACCUUCGGCAAAUACAUUUAAACUCAGUUUUUCACAGUUCCUGACAUUUAAUCCUAGUAAAGGCUCUUGUCAACUCCCGUCUGGAUUACUGCAACUCGCUGUUGGCUGGGCUCCCUGCCUGUGCCAUUAAACCCCUACAACUCAUCCAGAACGCUGCAGCCCGUCUGGUGUUCAACCUUCCCAAGUUCUCUCACGUCACCCCACUCCUCUGCACACUCCACUGGCUUCCAGUUGAAGCUCGCAUCUGCUACAAGACCAUGGUGCUUGCCUAUGGAGCUGUGAGAGGAACGGCACCUCCUUACCUUCAGGCUCUGAUCAGUCCCUACACCCAAACGAGGACAUUGCGUUCUUCCACCUCUGGCCUGCUGGUCCCCAUACAUCUGCGGAAGCACAGUUCCCACUUAGCCCAGUCAAAACUGUUCGCUACUCUGGCACCCCAAUGGUGGAACAAGCUCCCUCACGACGCCAGGACAGCGGAGUCACUGACCACCUUCCGGAGACACUUGAAACCCUACCUCUUUAAGGAAUACCUGGGAUAGUAUAAAAGUAAUCCUUCUACCCACCCCCACACCACCCCCACAAAAUAUAUAAAAUAAUAAUAAUAAUAAUAAUAAUAAUAAUAAUAAUAAUAAUAAUAAUAAUAAUAAAUAAAAAUAAAUUGUAAAGUGGUUGUCCCACUGGCUAUCAUAAGGUGAAUGCACCAAUUUGUAAGUCGCUCUGGAUAAGAGCGUCUGCUAAAUGACGUAAAUGUAAAUGUAAAUGUAAAAAUUCCCUGUCUUAAGUUAGUUAGGAUCACCACUUUAUUUUAAGAAUGUGAAAUGUCAGAAUAAUAGUAGAGAGAAUGAUUUAUUUCAGCUUUUAUUUAUUUCAUCACAUUCCCAGUGGGUCAGAAGUUUGCAUACACAAUUAGUAUUUGGUAGCAUUGCCUUUAAAUUGUGUAACUUGGGUCAAACGUUUCGGGUAGCCUUCCACAAGCUUCCCACAAUAAGUUGGGUGAAUUUUGGCCCAUUCCUCCUGACAGAGCUGGUGUAACUGAGUCAGGUUUGUAGGCCUCCUUGCUCGCACACGCUUUUUCAGUUCUGCCACACAUUUUCUAUAGGAUUGUGGUCAGGGCUUUGUGAUGGCCACUCCAAUACCUUGACUUUGUUGUCUUUAAGCCAUUUUGCCACAAUUUUGGAAGUAUGCUUGGGGUCAUUGUCCAUUUGGAAGACCCAUUUGCGACCAAGUUUUAACUUCCUGACUGAUGUCUUGAGAUGUUGCUUCAAUAUAUCCACAUAAUUUUCCUUCCUCAUGAUGCCAUCUAUUUUGUGAAGUGCACCAGUCCCUCCUGCAGCAAAGCACCCCCACAGCAUGAUGCUGCCACCCCCGUGCUUCACGGUUGGGAUGGUGUUCUUCGGCUUGCAAGCCUUCCCCUUUUUCCUCCAAACAUAACGAUGGUCAUCAUGGCCAAACAGUUCUAUUUUUGUUUGAUCAGACCAGAGGACAUUUCUCUAUAAAGUACGAUCUUUGUCCCCAUGUGCAGUUGCAAACUGUAGUCUGGCAUUUUUAUGGCGGUUUUGGUGCAGUUGCUUCUUCCUGGCUGAGCGGCCUUUCAGGUUAUGUCGAUAUAGGACUAGUUUUACUGUGGAUAUAGAUACUUUUGUACCUGUUUCCUCCAGCAUCUUCACAAGGUCCUUUGCUGUUGUUCUGGGAUUGAUUUGCACUUUUCGCACCAAAUUACGUUCAUCUCUAGGAGACAGAACGCGUCUCCUUCCUGAGCGGUAUGACUGCUGCGUGGUCCCAUGGUGUUUAUACUUGCGUACUAUUGUUUGUUUCUUGGCUGAUUUCUUUUGAUUUUCCCAUGAUGUCAAGCAAAGAGGCACUGCGUUUGAAGUUAGGCCUUGAAAUACAUCCACAGGUACAGCUCCAAUUGACUCAAAUGAUGUCAAUUAGCCUAUCAGAAGCUUCUAAAGCCAUGACAUCAUUUUCUGGAAUUUUACAAGCUGUUUAAAGGCACAGUCAACUUAGUGUAUGUAAACUUCUGACCCACUGGAAUUGUGAUACAGUGAAUUCUAAGUGAAAUAAUCUGUCUGUAAACAAUUGUUGGAAAAAUGACUUGUGUCAUGCACAAAGUAGAUGUCCUAACCGACUUGCCAAAACUAUAGUUUGUUAACAAGACAUUUGUGGAGUGGUUGAAAAACGAGUUUUAAUGACUCCAACCUAAGUGUAUGUAAACUUCCGACUUCAACUGUAUCUGCAUGGCUGUUAUUUAAGAUAUGCACAGUCGGUUUGCUUUCUGCUUAAUAUUAUUCUUGUUGUCAGUAAACCCUCAGUCUCUGUUAUUUCCUGACAGAGCGACAAAUGGAGGGAGACAGAGAGCCAGCAGACUCCAAUGACAAGGUACCCCAUUUUGAUUCUUAAAGAGAUAAAUGGUUUGAAGAAAGUGGAAAUGUCAAACGGAAAACUGACAUUAUAAACGGUGAUAUUAUACCGUGUAUGAAUCAUCCAGAAGAGCUGAUUUUCAAAAGGACUUUGAUGAUAAAUCUGCAAUGUACUGUAGAUAGUAAACCAAUUAGUAUACACAAUUUAGAGAAGAAGUACGUUUUGAAAAACGAAUUGAAAGUGUAUUGACUUAUCUUUUAACAGAGAAAGUUGAUGCUGUCAGUUUGCAUACCUAUCUUUCAGACGGUUAUUAUUGGUUGUAUCCUAUCGCUUCCUGCGUUCCUAAACUUUGAUGAGAGAAGCAAAUUGCCUCCUCUUCCCUAUCAAAACAGUUCCUUAAUUCAGUACACAUGGAUUGUAAAAAAACAUGUCUCAUAAUCAAGAUGAGAAAAAGCCAUAAUGUAAUUAUGAUUUGAUUCAUAUUUGUUCUUUCUGUGCUUCCUGAGAUCACCGUGACUGUUGUUGUUUGUGCUGUAGCUAGAUCACCGUGACAUUGUUCUGUGUUAUUUCAGCCCCAGGAUGCCGCCGGCUUAUUUGGAAAGCUUCUGGCGUACCUGGAUAAGAGUGAGUCCCCAGCCCAGAGACCCCAGGGAAAUUCCCCUGGCAAGGCUGGUGUGGGUGCAAGGCUGGGCGAGGGCAGGCGUGUCGGUCUGGAGAAUGUCCGCAGCAGGACCACUCAGGCAGAGGUGACGACCACAUUAAACAUAAGUAGGACCACAAUGGAUAUGUUGUUAAAUGUUUUAGUGUUAUCCUCAAUGAUUUGAAAUGCAUUGUGUCCACAUGUGCCGCUGAAUUGUCACAUAAUCAAGGUGGCAGUGCAGAAGAAGUCAACCCACUCAAUGGAUGUGGAGGAGGUGGUUGCGGUGGAGGGCUGGAUCCAGGCAGUGGAGCCACCUGCUGCCAAGGGGGUCUACCAGGAGCCCCAUAAGAAGGAAGUGAACGUCCAGGAGCUGCAGCUAGAUGUCAAAGCUGCUGUGGCUGCAAAGAAAACAACUGAUGAUGACUACGGCUAUGUCAUCACUGACACAGAGUGAGUAAUACCUGUCAUAAGUAAUGAAUGAGGCAACCACAGCUAAUCAAUCAAGGUUCUAUGUUUGUGCGGAAUUGCAUUUAGUUUAGUACAAUGGAGUCUUUUUUAGGCCACGGCCAACUAUGGUGAAUUGACAGGUGUCAACAUGUUGUAUUGGGAAGUUAGAUCAGUAGCAACCAUUUGGAUCCAUUGGUACAGUUCUAUUUGUACUGUUUUGAAUAAGCAUAGCUGGAGUUGCUUUGAAACAAACCAUUACAAAUGGAAACAGAAAUGUGUUUUAGAUGCUAGACACCCAAAGGCCUACUGUGCCCCUGUCAGAGUCCUUUCUCAUUCCACAUUUUAACUCACUGUUGGGAAAGUAAUUUACCAUGACGUAAAAAAAAGAAGAAAAAAAAGGCUUUUGCUCACUCUGAAUUUAUUUCCCUAUAUUAUUUUAAAUGUUUCAAUACUGGACUCAUAUUCAUGCAUGAACGUAAAUAAAUCAUUCAUUUAUGUAGUAUUGGCAAUUGACAAAAAAUUGUAUUUACAUUAAUCAAGACCAUACCCCAGUGUGGUAUAUCAUAUGCAUGUGUAAUAAACAUCUCACAUGCGUAUCAUUCAGUAGAUGAUGAUUUGAAGGUCAAGUCCCUCUCCAGGGCACGGAACCCACAGCCCAUCAGGCCACUAGGGACUGGAGCCCACGUCCAUUAUAAUCAGGUCUGGAGUGCCUCCACUCUCCAUAGGGGGCUAGGGCUAGGGAAUAUCAAUGACUUUUCUCAAUGUCUGUAUUAGAAUGUUUCUCCUUUUAAACUCCAUACUCCCACUAGGACAUUGAGGUUUACACUGAAAUGUAUGAGAAAUGUAUAUCUCCCCCCGAGUCCACGGUCAUCAGAGACACUGACUGUGUUUUAGAGGUAGGGUACAUCAUUAGCUGUGGCCAGGGCUGAACUGAGCCUCCGUGGAGCGGAUGCACCAUUACACCUCUGCACCAUUUCAUUUGCACCUCUCUGUCUGGCCUGAAGUCUAAGAGAGGGACUGUAUCUCAAAUUGCACCAUUUUGCCUAUAGUGCACUACCUUUGACCAGGGCUCUGGUCAAAAGUAGUGCACUAUAUAGGGAAUAGGGUGCAAUUUGAGGGAAUAUAGGAAUGGGGUGACACAGUCAGAGCACACAGGUGAUUCAUCAUGCCAGAGGAAACACCUACUCCCCCAGUUCUCACACCUCACCCCCACCCCAUGUCCUCCCUCAUCUCCCUAUCUGGCCCUCCCUCCUCUUAUUCGCCCUUACCCUCUCACCUCCCUGUCUUUGGCCUUCACUCCCUUCCCCCCUCCCACAUCUCCCCCCCCCUCCCACCCUCCAUCCCCCUGACCUCCGUGCCUCUCGCCCCUCUCAUGUCCCCUCUCCUCUCUGAGUGUGACAGGAAUGUCAUGUGUGGGAGCUCUCACCCACACUUAACAGGCUAAGGUGACAACUCUGUUGAUGAACUCUGUAUUUUUCUCUCCAGCCAGCUACAGACUGAUGAGGGACUCCACUUGAUGGAGAUUCUGGCACGGCGGGCCAAGCUGCAGAUGACAGACUUCCUGGAGCUCUCGUACGUAUGUUAUUAAUUAUACAAAAAUGUAUAGGUUUUUCACACACUCAACAAAACAGAACAGAAACAACAAACACAGACUACACCACUCUUAGGUAUUUAACCUUUUUAUGUAAUUAUUCAUUUUGACUGCAUGCUUAAAAGAGACAUGACUAGAUUUUAUUUUACUCAGGAAGCUUAUACGGUGCGGUGCAGAAUCUAAAAUGUGUAGUACAGUAAUACCUUGUAGCAGGUAGAUAGGUACACAUCCACUGAUUAAUGCAGACUGAAAUGCAGGGUAUUGCGUGGAGAGAGUUUAUACAAUAUACUGUAUAAAAAUAGCUCAAUGGAUACAGUUAUGCUUUAGGUGUCAUGAGCACAUGUCAAGACAAACGUUAACCGAGGGGCUUAAACACUUUUAUUGCCAAAAAUAAAUCAAAUAAAAAUAAUUAUUAAACUGACAAACAGGUUGAAAGCUGAAGAAAGGCACCCUUACUGAGACACAAGAUAUCCAGUACACUGUCUUAUUCUUAUUCUGUAAACAUUUGAGCUGGAGGUUGAAGAUUUUAGACACAUACACAUUGUUGACUUGAGGCGCCAUCUACAGGUAACUGCCAAAAUAAAGGAAACACCAACAUAAAGUGUCUUAAUAAGGCGUUGGGCCACAAUGAGCCAGAACAGCUUCAAUGCUCCUUUGGCAUAGAUUCUACAAGUGUCUGGAACUCUAUUGGAGGGAUGCGACUCCAUUCUUCUACAAGAAAUUCCAUAAUUUGGUGUUUUGUUGAUGGUGGUGGAAAACGCUGUCUCAGGAAUAUCCCAUAAGUGUUCAAUUGGGUUGAGAUCUAGUGACUGAGACGGCCAUGGCAUAUGGUUUACAUGGUUUUCAUGCUCAUCAAACCAUUCAGUGACCACUCAAGCCCUGUGGAUGGGGGAAUUGUCAUGCUAUGGGGCAUAACCAUGGUAGCUAAAAUAAUGGCCAAAUGAAUGGCCUGCCCAGCAUUUUUAUACAUGACCCUAAUCAUGAUGGGAUGUUAAUUUCUUAAUUAACUCAGGAACUACACCUGUGUGGAAGCACCUGCUUUCAUUACACUUUGUAUCCAUUCAUUUUUUUCAAGUGUUUCCAUUAUUUUGGCAGUUACCUGGCUGCAAUCAUUAUUAACGGGACUGAACUCUCCCUCUCUUCCUCCAAAAUCGUUAUGUUUUUCCCUGCAGGUAUCUAACUUUGAACACAUGCACGCACACACACACACACACACACUUAGAAUGCAAUGAGGCUUUUAAAGCCAUCCUCAACGAAAUGAGAGUCUAUAGUGACACACUGUGCUGGCCUGCGUGGUGGUCAGUGGCAUCUCUUUCACAUAGUCUAACCAAAAACAACUCUACACACAUUUUACAUACAAAUGCACAGCUAGAUAUUGCACUGAAGCACAUUAUUUAAAGACUUUCAAAAUAAUAUUAAAGAGGAAAUAUUAUCCACAUUCUUUGAAGACAUGGUGCCAUAACCUGUCACAAGUUCAUUUCCCCAACCGUCAUGCCCUUCACCCCACAAGUAAACACUGCUUUAUGAUGGGCCUCAUUCCUACAUUACUUAUGUUCAAGUCUGACAUUGUGGUCAUUGUAAUGCAGUCAUUCAUCAAGUGAACAUACACUGCUAUACUCAAUAACCGUAGCAGUAUGUAUGCAAGAACAAUUUACCGCCAUAAAUACAAUGGUGAUGUAAUGUGCUGAUGACAGGCACAAGAAAGAGAGUGUUGUAUGGACUGGUAGGCCCCCUUUCUGUCUUUCUGACUACUAAGCUUGAUUGUUGGCGGUACAGGUAGCGAUUGGCCAACUCCGUAUCAUGUGACCCUGUGUAUAAGGUUCUGAAUGGCCCUUGUUUCUGAAGCACCUCACGGCGCUAGGGCGGCAUACACUGCUCUGUAUUCAGCCUUUCAGCCCAUGGGUGGCCCUACAGGGCUGGGCUAAUGUACCUUUUGUCUUUGUUCCUUUCUGGAGCUGAAAGGGCCUUGGUAUGGGAGAGUGAUGGAUUGGGUGGGAGAGAGCCGGUGCCCUUUGUUAGAGCUCUGAGCCGGCCCAGCAGGGGGAGCAGCCUGGACAAUUUGUCCAAGCCGCCACGCUUAUUUGGGCUGUCCCGCUCCUUGCAGCUAACCGCUGCUGAUCCUAGACCACCACCCCACCUAGGAGCCUGGGAGAAUGGCCCUCCACAUAAUCAAAUACUGGGCCCUCAAUUCAGCCCAGCCAGCACGGCUCCUCUCACCCUUCAUGUUGACUCAUUUGUGCAAGCAUGACUUGGUCCUGUAGGGCCUUGAAAUUAGUGUCUAUCAUGUUUAUCAUAUUGAAGGAAAAUAUGGAUACAGGGUAAUUCAAUGUUAGUGUUAUAUGUAGUAACACAGUAUGUUAGACGCUGUGGCCAAAUGUUAUACAUACUUGAAUCAAUCAUAUAUGGUUGUGUUAUUUAGUGGGAUCGAUUGGACGAUAUAGUCUGAAUCGUCUCAGAAUGUCUUGAAUUGAUCAUGUCAGGCACGGCGGUUGAAAACAGAAACGUUGGUUUUGAUGUGUCAAUGUGGGUGGUUUGCUACAGAACCCUGUAGCAUUAGUUCACUCUGAAUAAUAGUUAUUGUGCAACCGUUACCGACUGUAGUCAGACUCCAAUUUGAUGUGGGUGACGUAAUGUCUGACUUCAUAUGCUGCUCAUUUCAAAGUAUAACCACUAGGUGGGGAGAUGCACCUUCGCUGGUUGCUUGUAAUGCAGUCUAUGUAAUACUGAAUAGACAAGACAAAUGUAUUUUCACUGUAGAAUCACAAAACAAAAGAUUAUGACAGUUGAUGCAUAAUGACAGUUCAACAUUUUGGGGUGGAUACUUGAUGUACCAGCCAGUCAAAAAUAAUGAUUAUAUAUUUGUUCUAACAUACUUAAAGGGAGUGUUUCGUUAGGACAUGGGAGUAAUACUCUGCUCAAGAAAAGCAUGCGCUUCAGCUUGAAAAUCACAAGUACAUUUUUUACUUUUGCUGUAGUAUUGUAUUUUGAAAAAUCUUAAUUAGGUGGCGGUGGCGUAGGUCAGAGGCAUCAUGCCCAUAUGGGACACAAGGGCACGUGCCCCCUCAGAUUUGUCCUGUUUUUUUUUUCUUUUUCAGAUGUUAAAUUAAUGACUAAACUUCAGCAGUAUUUUACGGAGGGUGCUCACUGACUGGACCCACCCCCCUCCUCCUAUUGUCCCUAGUAAGUCGUUCCUUCCAAGGUGCACCAGAGAGCAAAGAUAUGAGUGUAGAGUGAUACACACAGCAUUUGAUUUGAAUUUAGCUGCCGGUGAUGGACAGGACAUGCAGGUGGUACUGUAUGUUUCUAAAUGAAUUUGAUCAAUCUAAGUAGCCUAUUGAUAAAGCAAAAAUGUUUUGUUGUUUCUCUGUAAUACUAGCCACCUAGCAAUUUUAUAAAGGUGGCUUUAGCUAGCCAGCUAGAUAGAUUCCCAAUCUCCCAACCUCAUAACUAGUUCCUAAGCCAUUUCAGGCUAUCAGUCAAUUUAGAGUAACUUGUCUAACUAUCUUAGCUGGCAAGCCUGCUGGCAAGGUUGCUAGACUUUAGAAAAGCGAGCAAUUACUAUAUGUACUGAAUAAGACUCACAUUCAUUUCCAUCUUUUACCCAGAUUUUAGCAGAGAUACAGAGAAACAUAUUUAGUUUUAUUUAAAAAAAGAACCACCAGUCAGGAGGAUACAGACAGUUCAAAAGGUAUGCUUAGAUAUGCAGAAAAAUACUUGGUUUGAAUGUAAUCUGGCACCUUAUGAUAAUAUCAUGAUAUUUGUGUAUUAAUUAUGAUGCCAUGAUAUGUGCCUGUAUUGAUGAUGUGUGUUAUGAUCCCAUGUACUGUGUUGUAAUUUGGAUGUAAUAUCCUGUGCAUGUUAGUGCAGUAUAUUGAGAUGUGUUUUUUACAACAGUUAGAAUGACACCCUCAUUAAAAUGACAAUUGAACAGGAAAAGAGGUAUGCUUAGAUAACCUAUGCAGAAAAAUGUACAUAUUUUUUAAAUAGAAUUAGCCAUAAUUAUUAUGGCUCUAGAUUUCAGGAAAAAGCUGUUUCAGGUGUUUGAGAAAUUCAAAAUUCUCCAACCACCUCCCUCAAUCCUCACGUACUUUGUGUCCCCUCUAAAAUAAUGGGUGCAUGGCGCUCCUGGCGUAGGUCAGGAAACAUAUCAAUGUAUUUUAAAGUCACAGUGAGUGAUGUUCCUUUUCAACUGCUAAUAGAUCGCUAUGGCAGGUUGAUCGAACUCUUAAUAGAUGUGAAAAACCUUUACGGGGGUGAAAAUCCUUUACGGGGGUGAAUAUCAUAGAAUGGUUGAAAGGCUGGCUGCUAGUUGAGGUUAUCCUCCACACAUUGCUAGAGACCUUAACCUCCUGGCUGGAUACAUUCUUUGACUUCAACAUACAGUACAGCAAAACACUUUCUGUUCAAUAGGUUGCCAAAAAUAAAAUGUACUGCAUUUUAUGUUCAAUAGGUUGCCAUAACCUGGUUUUAUUCUGGAUGGUUCACCCUCCUUCAUCACCUUUAGCCCUUUUCAGCUCAAUAUAUGUUUUUACAGCCUGAAAAGUAACUGUCCAGUGUCCACCCUAGAUUUACUCUUUGGAAAUACAUUGUGAGGGGAAAAUAAUAUCUGUACAUUUUCAUUCAGUAUGUAUACCUCAUCCUAGACCAAAACCCCCCUUGUAAUUUGUUGUUUGUAAAACACUCGGAGGCACAUUGAGAUUCAAGAGGUAUCUUGCGGAAAUGGCUCCUGUGGCUACAGGGAUUCUAACAGCCUAUGGGUUAGCCAGAGGUAAAAUACUAUUCAAGCUCUGUGUGUGUAUGGCUCUGAUUUAACCCUAUCAGUCCUGGGACCCCAGCAAAAAUGGGCUUUUCAUUCAUCUGACGUUUAUUAAUCUGCAUAUCCAGCCCUUACAUUUAGCCUCACACUGAAGUGUUUUACAAUUUUAUUUUCAGGACAAUCAGGGCUACAAGUACAGUACAAAACGAUUUGACAUAAACAGCUGCAUUCAUGAGUUUUAUUGACAGAUGUCAAUAAAAUAAUAAGGUCUGCCAAAGCAAAAAUCUGAUAAAAAAUGAAUUUAGAUGAAUGCUGUAAGUACAGAAAUGUUUUUCUUAGUGGGAAAUUAAUAUCCAACUAGUCAGUGACAACUGUGUGGAGUUUGGAGUUUGUGAUAACAACUAUGUCAGCUUAUACCAGUAUUAUAGACACAAUGUCCUGGGAUUUCCUAUGAUCUUCUAUGUAGAAGAACCCCUUACCUUCUAACGACUCUUGUGUACCUUGAGAGCAUCAUAGUUUGUGUUCGUGGGAGUCUCAGCUUUUAAUAGUUAGCAGCUCAAACCAUUUUGCCUCUACAGACGUUUUUGUAAACAGACGCGGCCCUGGGCCCCUUCGGGAUCCGCCCUUGCCUCACAAACAGCGCUCUAGCUCAGCCCCCGUUCAUCACACAGAAGUCUGUAGCUCAAACACACAAUGUUUAAAAGGGGUUAGAAGACUCAUUGGGUUAAUGACCUGGUCUGUUUUUUCUAAGGCAAGAGGGCAGAAAAGCAAUGCUUUACCGCCAUGUAAAAAAUCGAUUUCUCGUUGAUCGCGUUUGGAGUGUCUCAUCUCACUGUGUGUGUGUGUGUGUGUGUGUGUGUGUGUGUGUGUGUUUUAUAGAGUGGUGGGCCCAGCUGUGACCUUCAGAGUACGACCUAACGCCCAUAAUGUCAGCACUGCAGAUGUGGCCAACGUAGCAGGUAGGUCGGAGCUGCUCUGA